CUCCAAGGUGAUCAUUGUACCUGAGUCUGCGAUGAGAAUCAUGAUACUUCUGGUAUUGAUGUGUGCAUUUGCCUCUCUGAUUGACGGCUCGGUUGAGCUGAGGCGCGCGGCAGCUAUACCUAUUUCGUAUCCAUCGGGUUGUACCGGUGCUCACAAGCCGGCCUCUGAACCCUUCUGUGCUGUAGGCACUAUAGACCAAUCAGAUGUGUUCAAGCUGAAUAUGACCGUCUAUAUAUUCGAUAUUGACGAUCCCACCAAGUCUGUUUAUUUCCAUAUCGAAUCGGCCACCACUAGUGGUGGGCCGCUCAUUGAGCCGGCCGGCCUUAAUAUCACCGGUGGAGGCCGCGCCAAGGUGAUGGGACUGGACAUUGGGCCCAUUGUCUACACUGGGUAUAUGAGCGCUGUUACUGUAGGAGAUGGUAGAGGGAAGUACGACCCUUCAACUGACACAUGGACUGCUGACAUCAAAGUCCAAGCGCAAGUCGAACUGUAUCAGUUCGGAAAACGUACUUUUUAUUUGUUCAUGUCUAACGUGUUCGCGGCCAGUAAUGAUUUGAUUUUCGGCGUCGAUCUCGGUGUGGUACUCCAAAAACAAUGGGGAAACCCCGUUAUGAACAUAACCAUGACCUUCAUUUUCAAUCUAAAUUCCAAGAUGGAUGACAUGUAUACCUGGGAUCUCUUCGGUCAGUAUCAAUGGCGUAUAUGGGGGCCGUUCUCACCACCUGAUAGAUACACCACCGUUUUCAUUGAUAAAGAGUUUCAAAUUCUCAGUACAUGAGUCACAACAACCGCAGGCAUUUACAAUGAAGGAGUAAGUGUUCUACAUUUGCAGAUUUGACUGGUUCGUAAAACUAUCUCAUAAGCUAUUUUGAAGAAGUAUUUUUAAUCUGGUAUAACAUCGAAUGUUCAUUCAUUUUC